AUGUUGGCAGACCUACCGUCAGAAAUCAUAUACCACAUCGCACUAUACCUGCCCGUAGCAAGUUCCCUCACUCAUCUAGCGCAGACAUGCCGCCGUUUGCACGAUAUUGUCUCCGCGGAUGCAAUCUUCCGAGCCUUUGUCCAAAGCCGGUUUUCGCCAUCGGUUGAAGGAAUCCCUCCCUUCUGGAAAGAUGUGUCGCAGGCCCUCACUUCGCGGUCGCGAGCUCUAGAUAAAUGUGCAAUCAUUGCUCGUUUUAUGCUGCCUUCGCCCGACGUGAAAGUGGUCGGUAUAGACCAACCGACUCGACACGACCGUCCAACAAUCGGAUACCGGCCCUGUUUAGACAGCUAUGAGGUUUGGACCGGCGGACGCUGGGAAGACCGAGAAGAAGUCCUUGCUUGGGGGGCGGCAGAGAAAAUUUUUCUAAGAAUUAGGAGCACUGGAAACUCGGCCGAUGAGAAAUGGCUACGCUUUAAUGACCUGGAGGAUGUGAGCAGCCAUGACGAUAUCCGCAGUGUCCAUCUAUUGCGACCAAACCACCCGGGGAAGACUGCUGGGAACGAGCACAUUAUUUAUGGCCGGGCCCGGGGUGACGUGGCUCACGUCGCCAUAAAUCCUGACGAUGCUACUUAUACGGUCCAACAAACCUUUGUUACCAACCGAACAGAAGUCCAUAGUCUUGAUUUAAGUCCCGGACCAGCACCGAUUCUCGCCAUACACAACGCAAGUGACUCUAUCUCUCUCUAUCGAACGGUGACAGAGGAUUCCCAAGUGAGCUCAUUUGCUUCUCUGAAAGGCGAGACGGAAGAAGGAACUCCUCGUCACUACUCCAAGUUUUUGUCUCCGACAAGGUUGGCUGUGGGAUAUGGAAAGAAGAUCGAUACUAUAGCGGUCUCAGAUAUCGUGGAAGACCACAUCUCGACAUGCCGUGAGUUCUUUUUUUCCGACGACCCAUUUGAAAGUAGACUAUGGCCACAGAGAAAGGCACGUGUAGGAGCUAUUACGCCGCUUAGCGUGGAUAUGAAUGGGGAAAAUGCGCACGGAGAAGUCUUUCUCGCCGGCUGGGGGAAUAGUAGGGUGAGACUGCAUGAUCUCCGAUCGCCGAGAAUGUAUGAGCGAGAAUACAUAGAUGUGAUGGAUAGCAACCCGAUAUACUGCAUCCAGCCCGUCAACAACCGGUUUCUCGUCGGCGCAGGUGCCGAAGCAAUUAUCAACAUAUUCGAUCUCAGGAUGCAAAACGCUUACAGCCAUUUUGAUGCAAAGCUGUCCGAGCAUAAUAAUCAAGCAAAGCCCAAAGGAGGCGAGUAUUCCUGCUUUCUAUCCCAUCAACCCCCUGGAGAGUCGAGGAAACGAUACGCCUUAUACCGCGGUCCAAUCUACACCAUGUCCUCACCAUCACCUACUUCAUCAACCAUAUACACAGGCAUACUUAAGGGUGUCAUGCGUCUGAACCUUGGUUCCACCGAUGAUUUGCUCGGCAGUAGCAGCAACUGGUAUCAAAACCAUCUAGACCUAACUGUUGACGACAUAAAUCAGAAUCCCAGCUCUGCGCCGUCCCCAAUCGGAGACGUCAAAAUCAUGGGGCUUUCUGGCUAUGAGCGACCUAGCCCGGAAGCCAAAAGCGUUAGCGCUAAAUUGAGAUCUCAGGUUCCAUUUUGCAGUAUUAGCGAAACUGACAGACUUAGAGAAAGUGAGACUGGAUGGGAUCGGCGUUGGAGAAGAGUCGACGAGAAUCAAUCUUGGCGAUCUCGGGGGGACUGA